AUGACAGCACCAUGCAAUCGAUUUUGCUACUCUUUUGACAAUCGAAUCAAUAUUCAGUAUACACAAUUUCCUGAGUCUGAUUGUUCAAUACGACACUAUAAUCCUGUAUGUUGGACUGCCGUUAAGAAGACAGAAAAUAAUAAUAUUAAAUGUAAUCAUAUUGAUGACGAUAAUGAUGAUAGCUUAACUGAUUGUAAUUCGAAUUCGUUAACAUUUUUCAAUCCUUGUUUUGCUGGCUGCAGGACACGUGUUCAAGACGGAGGAGUUGUUAAGAAAUAUUCUGAUUGCCAAUGUGUAACACCAUAUGCUCUCAAUCCAUCUGGUCCACUUAAUUCAUCAUCAUCGAUAGCAUAUGCAAAUAUUAGUGGUCAUCAUGAUUUGUUCAAUAGUUCUGGAGAAGUUUAUCCUGGACGUUGUAAACCAGAAUGUUCACUGUAUGGUUUAUUUUUAGCUAUGCUAUUUUUGCAUAUCCUUUGUACUGGUAUCUUACAAAAUCCAAGUAAUGUAAUCACAUUGAGUUGUGUAUCAUCAGAAGAUGGUUCAGUUGCGCUUGGAUUACAAAUAUUCUUUGUCAGAACACUUGCUUAUAUACCAGCACCUAUAUACUUUGGACAACUUUUUGAUUUGGCAUGCCAAUAUCGUUCCAAUUCAGUGAAUCAUCAUUCAUCACCUUCAAAGCUAACAAAUUAUGAAACAUCUACCUUAAUGAAUAAAACUCAACCAACAUCAACGUCAUUCCUGUUACUACAGAAUUCAUUGUCUACAUCUGCUAUUGCUGCUACUACUGCCUCUAUGUCUUCAGAUCAACAACCUAUAGUUGAUAAUGUAUCCGGUGGCUGUUUAGAGUAUAAUCUAGAAGGUUUACCCUUUAUAUGGCUUGGUGCUGUGUGUGCAUUGAAGGUGAUUAGUUUGAUUGGGUCAACAAUUACCUAUUGGUUAGCUAAGCGACAGUUCAAUUUAAUCGCAAAACAUAAAGAACAAGAACAACAAGUCAGUUGUAAAGAUGAAGAAUUAAUAGCCGAAAAAACAGAAAUCCCAUUCCAACAUAAAGUUUUAUCUGAUCCAAAGUCCAUGCUAAGCAAUCCAUCUGAAAUAGGCAUAUAUGGUGAAAUUUAUGCCUCAGAUAAUCUUCAAGAAAUACCUGUUUAG